CUCUGUAGCCUACGACACAUCAAGUCACCCAUUGCUUGCCAUUAUCUUCUCUGGGAUUCACCAUCACGCCGUCUUUGAAUCCACAUUCUCUUAUAUUCACUUUCGGGACACGUACAGCUUAUAUAAUACUGAAUCUACUCUCUACGACCUUCUACGAUGUUCAACCCCGACUUCUUCGACGCCAACGACCCGGCGCAGAUGUACAACAUGCUCCAGUCCGGAGCUAUGCGUGGAGCGCCCGCGCGGCGCUUCGAUGAGUACUAUCGCUGCUAUCCUACCGUCAUGAUGUCCGGGCCAAAUCGCGACUACCUGAACUACGGAGGGAAGAUAAUUAUGCCACCAUCGGCACUGGACAAACUCACGAGGUUGCAUAUUACAUAUCCGAUGCUGUUCGAGCUCAUCAACAAGCCGAAGAAGGCACAAACACAUGCCGGAGUGCUGGAGUUCGUGGCGGAGGAGGGGAAAGUGUAUCUACCACAAUGGAUGAUGAACACGCUACACCUCGAAGUCGGAGACCUAAUCCAGAUCAAAUCCACAAACCUCGCAGACGCCAAGCUCGUCAAGUUACAACCGCAAUCCCCCACCUUCCUCGACAUCAGCGACCCCAAAGCCGUCCUCGAGAACGCCUUCCGAAACUUCUCCACCCUCACCAAGGGCGACAUCUUCAGCUUCCACUACAACGACACUGUCUACGACGUCGCCGUCCUAGAAGUCAAGCCCGAGAGCGACAAGAUGGGCGUCAGCAUGAUCGAAACAGACGUCGAAGUCGACUUUGCCGCACCAGUCGGCUACGUCGAGCCCGAGCGGACAAAGGGCAGCGGCACCAGCACACCCCGCAGCACCAAGGGUGGCGUACCCGCCGGUGGCCUCCUCCACAACCAAGGCACAAUGGCGCAGUCCAUAAACUACGACGCCAUCUCACCCAACUCCACCGCCGCCACAUCAGGCGCCAAAGCGGUGUCCUCCAACUUCCUCCUCGGCGGACAGAAGCUGAAUGCGAAGAAGGGUGGCAAAGCACCGACACCAAAACCAUCAACACCAGUCGCGGGCGCAUCGACGAACGCCCCCGAGGCCGCAGCCGCGAUCGCGAGGUCGAGUGGCCCCCAACCUCUCCGCCUGCCGCCUAAUAAGCUCUUCUUCGGAUACGACAUCAAGCCGCUAAAGACAGAGGAGGAUCGCGAAAAGGAGAACGCAGACGCCAUGCAACCCGCGUUCGCAGGGCAGGGACAAACGCUCCGCGGAGGCGUGAAGCGGAAGGGCGACAACACAGAGGAGGCGAGCAAGGAGGAGGCACCCAAGAAACCGGAGCCGAGCGUGGGGCGGAGGCUGGACGGGAGGAAACCUUAGGAUUGAGUCCCCGGUGGGUGGGAUUUGGAGAUUUUCAAGUGGCGGGAUUUGCUUUUGCGGGAUAGGGAUAGGGGUCAGGGAUUGAGGUGUUGGGAUGGGGAGGGAUUGACGGACGGGCAUAUGGCUGGUUUGGGAGUGAUGAUUGGGUUGUCUUUUUUAGUUGGGCAGGAAAUACCAAUCUUGUUAUACAUCAUCCUUGGCUUGGUUGGUUGGUCUCGUCGAGGCUAUUAUCGUCAUCUUGCUUGCUUGCUUGCUUGCUUGGUUUUAGCGAAGGAGUGUGUGUAUGCUGGCGUAUUAUGCUAGUCAGCUCAACCAGGUAGUUGGAGCAUCAAAUCUCCGGCUUUUCGGAAACUAUCAUCAUCAUCAGUCUAGUAAUAUAUCGAACUAUGUCACAAG